UGGAGGGGAGGAAGGCGUAUAUAUAGCCUGGUCACACGUUUUUUUACAUGGUGGUGGUCAGUCACUGCUGGUCGGCUGGUACCUGGGCAAAGCUGGACUGAACGUGAACACCAACGCCAACUCCAAAGCAAACUGCCAGGCCUACGUGGAGCUGAACGAACUCAUGAAGGACCAGAACCAGCAGGGCUACUGGCAGGAGACCGGGCGAUGGGUGGGGUACGAGGAGAACUACGACCCAGAGGCGGGCGGCUGGGGCGCCUCUCAUAUCUCUUACCUGACCUUCAAGAGCCUGAUCCAGCUGCGCAAGACCAUGAGCACAGGUGUGGUAAUGCUGGACCGGGAGGAACGCACCCUGAGCAGCAUUGCUGAAAAGAUAGUGGAUGAGCUUGUGAACAAGAAGGAGAUCGGCCAGAGUGACCGUGACGGUGUGCUGAAGUCACUGCUGCAGAACCGCAGCCAAUCAGAGCCAAAGGAAACGCAGGCCCUUGCUGCUGGGAUGGAGAUGGAGUCCUUCUCCGUCAGAGAGAGGAGAGACGCGUCUGAUGCUGUGGAGGCAUCAAUGGUUCUUGUAGGGACGCUGGACUUCCUGCAGAAGCCCACUGUGGCCUUUGUGAGGCUGAAGGAGGCAGUGGUACUGGAGUCGGCUCUAGAGGCGCCAGUGCCGGUCCGCUUCAUUUUUGUGCUGGUGGGACCCAGUCAGAUUGGCAUGGAUUACCACGAGAUGGGACGGGCCAUGGCAGCAUUGAUGGCAGACAAGGUGUUCAACCUAGCAGCGUUCCAGGCCCAGGGUGAACGUGAGCUGACGGACGCCCUCGCUGAGUUCAUGGACUGCAGCAUCGUGAUCCCACCCACAGAAAUUCAGAACGAGUCCAUGCUGAAGUCCGUAAUCGGCUUCCAGAAGAGGCUCCUGCAGGACCGCUGCCGCCCUGCAGACCCUCUGCUGUCCCUCAAUGCCAAGCCCCGCAGAAUUUCCAAAGCUGAUGUGCCGCCACCGGAGGACCCUCUCGCACGAACUGGGCGGCCGUUCGGUGGAAUGAUGAAAGACUUGAGGAGACGAUACCGCCACUAUGUCAGCGACAUCACUGACGCACUCAAUGCCCAGGUCCUGGCCGCUGUCAUCUUCAUCUACUUCGCCGCCCUGUCGCCUGCCAUCACUUUUGGGGGCCUGCUGGCCGACAAGACAGACAACAUGAUGGGCGUGUCCGAGCUGAUGAUCUCCACCGCCAUCCAGGGCAUCAUCUUCUGUUUCAUCGCAGCCCAGCCUGUCCUGGUCAUUGGCUUCUCCGGACCUCUGCUGGUCUUUGAAGAGGCCUUCUUUGCAUUCUGUAAGUCGCAGGGGAUCGAGUACAUCGUGGGCCGGGUGUGGGUGGGAGGCUGGCUGGUGGUCAUCGUGGUGGUCAUCGUCGCUGUAGAGGGCAGCUUCCUGGUCCGGUUCAUCUCACGCUUCACCCAAGAGAUCUUCUCCAUCCUCAUUUCCCUCAUCUUCAUCUACGAGACGUUUGCCAAGCUCAUCAGGAUUUUCAAAGCACACCCUCUGACUCUGAACUAUGAGCACCUGAACACCAGUGCGGAAGACCCCUUCCACCCUGUUUUUGACCACAAACACAUUAUGGACAACAUUACUGGCAACAUUACCACCUUGGUUUUUCGCCGGGAGAGAGCAUACCCCAACACUGCCUUGCUUUCUAUGUGCCUCAUGUUCGGAUGUUUCUUCAUUGCAUUCUUCCUUAGGCAAUUCAAGAAUGGCCAUUUCCUGCCUGGCAAAAUCCGUCGCCUAAUUGGAGAUUUCGGUGUCCCCAUCGCAAUUUUCAUCAUGAUUGCUGUGGACAUUAACAUUGAGGACGCCUAUACUCAGAAACUAGUGGUGCCCAAGGGUCUGCAGGUGUCCAACCCUAAGGAAAGGGGCUGGAUCAUCAACCCCUUGGGUGAGAAGAAAGCAUUUCCUGUCUGGAUGAUGUUCGGCUGUGUAGUCCCGGCGAUGCUUGUCUUCAUCCUCAUAUUCCUGGAGUCCCAGAUCACCACACUGAUUGUGAGCAAGCCAGAGAGGAAGAUGGCCAAAGGCUCUGGGUUUCACUUGGACCUGCUGAUCCUGGUCAGCAUGGGGGGCCUUAGCGCCAUAUUUGGUGUGCCCUGGCUGAGCGCUGCUACCGUGCGUUCUGUCACCCAUGCCAAUGCCCUCACCGUCAUGAGCAAGGGGCCAAAACCUGAGAUAGAGAAAGUUCUGGAACAGCGGGUCAGUGGAAUUCUCGUGGCACUGUUGGUUGGUCUGUCCAUUCUAAUGGAGCCUAUUCUGAAGAUGAUCCCCAUGACAGCUCUAUUUGGGAUCUUCCUUUACAUGGGUAUCACCUCCCUCAGUGGGAUCCAGCUGUGGGACCGCAUUCUACUCCUGCUUAUACCCAAGAAGUACCACCCAUCGGAUCCCUAUGCCACCAUGGUGAAAACCAGCAGGAUGCACAUGUUCACUCUGAUCCAGAUGGUGUGCUUGGCAGUGCUGUGGAUGGUGAAGUCCAGCCCAGCCUCCCUCGCUCUGCCCUUCGUACUCAUCCUCACCAUCCCGCUGAGAAUGUUCAUGACCGGCCGGGUAUUCACUGAGCUGGAGAUGAAAUGUCUGGAUGCAGAUGAUGCCAAAGUGACAUUUGAGGAGGAGCCAGGGCAGGAUGUGUACUAUGAGUCUCAGAUGCCAUUGUGAACAGCUGGACUUAAUUUUCAAUAACAGGGGAUCCUGUAAUUGAAUAAAAGGGCUAAAACCAGCAUGCAAGAAAAAUUAAAAACAUCUUUCAAUGUGACCAAAGUUUUUUUUCUAAUGUUGUUUGACUGAUUACUUGCUUGUGUGGCAAACAAGAACUCUCAGAUAGUGCCUUUCAGAUUUAAAUAAAUUUUAAUCAAAUGUAUUAUUUACUAUUUAAAUGAUUAAAAACAUCCCUGUUGUAAAAGUAUUUACCUACUAACAUAUUUGUCUAUUUUCCUUCCAGUGUCAGACUUUCAUGUCUGUUCUAAGAGCUCUUGCCCCCAUAAAUUAAUAUAUGACAGUCUGUUCACUGAAAUUUAUUUGGGAUAUGUUAAUUUGUUAGAAUAAUGUGUUAUAAUGCUGAAUUAUGUGAUUUGUUACUUAUGGGGUUGUCAUGUUAAACAAAUGUGUCAGUGUAAUUUUACAUUUUUUACAGUCUUGGAAUCUGACAUUUGUCCCUUUAUAAAGUUAUGCAUUUUGCUAUUGGCUUCUUCGAGGGUACAGCAGCCUGAGGUGGGGAGACACUAGCUGAGAUUAUGGUACAUAGUAAAAAUCCACUCAUGCUUCAUGUUUUCAAGGAACUACUAUGCCUUUGCAAUUAAUGAGACAAAUGUGUAUUUACGGUCGUUAUUUAUGCCACCAAUGUUUUUGUGUGUAUUGCCAGAGAAUGCAGGAAAAAGGGAAGCAUUACUGAGUUCAGUCUGUUUUGUGGUCUCCUACCAGUGCUUUUCUUUGAGUGUGGAUGGAAUGUAAUGAUUAUUGCUUUUUAUGUGAACAUAUUUUUGGACAGUAUGUAAAUAUUUCUAUCCCCAAAUCAAGGAAACAACAUAUCUAGAAAAAAUGUUCAGGGUGGAGGAACUGGCUGAGUGGAUACAUUUAGUUGUAUUUUAUAUUGGUUUGUC